AUGGCGCCCUCACGAAAUAACUCCAAUGCCGCCGCCAGAAGGGCCAUGGUCGUUGAACGAACAGCUUCUUCAGGCUCAUUUCACGCCGGCGCGCCGAUCCCAACUUUAAGCAACUUGCGACGCCAAUCGCAUCGAUACCAGACAUUUCCCACCACGCCGCCAAAGACACCCCUCGAACAGCCUUAUACAGGUUCCAACGCGAGCGAUUCCGAUGAUGAAGACGACGGCGAAGAGACACCAUUGCCUGUUCGACAGCUGCUGUUGCUGGCCUUCCUCUCCCUUGCCGAACAGACCGCGCUGAACUCAAUAUCUCCAUACCUUCCCGAAAUGGUCCUCAAUAUGCCAGGCAUUCCCGAUGAAAAAGCGGGAUUAUAUGUCGGAAUACUUGCGAGUUCCUUCGCAUUGGCGCAGCUAUCAACCAAUUUCCUCUGGGGAUACGCCUCGGAUGUAAUUGGCAGGAAGCCGGUUCUGAUCAUGGGCACAAUUGCGCUUAUGGGCUGUUUCUGUAUCUUUGGCUUCUGCAAAGAGUAUUGGCAGAUCGUCGUCGUCCACGUCUUGAUGGGACUACUCAACGGAAACGCUGCUUGUGUCCCGACAGUCCUCGGAGAAGUCACAGAUCGAUCCAACCAAAGCCGCGCGUUUACAUACCUGCCUGUCAUUUAUUCCCUCGGCAGCAUUACCGGACCUGCUCUGGGAGGCAUACUUGUCGGGACAAUGGGUAAGAAGUACCCUUAUUUGGCUCCCAACAUCCUCUCUGCUGGUCUCCUAGCUGUCAGCGUCAUUGUGGUCAGCAUCUGGUUCGAGGAGACGCUGGAUAAAACCCAAGUCGCAUUUGAGAAGCCCUCAUGGGUCGACAAGAUCAUUUCCUGGUUUCCUUCGCGACCCCCACCCCCUCGACGUCCCUCUUGGAGUGCGCGCUGGCCUCGAUCGCAAUCUCAGAACCAGCCCCUCCUCUCUUCCGGCCGAGCGCUCGAAUCCGAUUCGGACGAAGAUGAAGACGAGACUGACGAUAGCGACAACAAUCUCGACCCCGCUCUGUCUGCCUGGAAGGAUCUCAGCCGAACCACCAUCCUGGUCCUGUUCACCUACCUCGUCUUCCAGCUGUCCAACAUCUCAUUCAACAGCCUGUACCCCAUCUUUGCUGCGACACCUGCACCUGCCGGUCGCGACUUGCUGCCCAGUAGAAUUGGUGUCAGUUUGAGUAUCGCAGGAUUGGCAAGCUGCAUUUUCCAGGCCUUCCUAUUCCAACAGCUCAAGGCCAAAUUGGGCAACCUGGGUACCUACCAGAUCUCCCUUCUGGGACUUGGUAUCAGCAUGCUGUUUAUGCCGUGGGUGGGUUACGCCGACGACAAGCCCUUAUUUGGUGUCGGAAGCGGCAAGAUGUGGCUGUACAUUGAGCUUGGCCUCGUGUUGAUCUUGAAGAACUUGUGCGCCGUUGGUGGUCUAUCAAGCGUAAUGCUUUUGAUCACAAACUCUGCACCGUCGCACGCGAGCCUUGGUAGUCUCAACGGCAUGGCGCAAACUCUAUCCGCCCUCGGUCGCAGCUUUGGUCCCUUCGUCUCUGGCGGACUCUUCAGCCUCUCCAUCAAUAUUCGCCCCAAGGGCGAGGCACUAGCCUGGAGCAUCUUCGGAGGUCUCGCCAUCCUAGGCUGGGUGUCCUCUCUGUUCAUCCGCCGAGACGGACUUGAAAGUGAUGAUUGGCAGGGCUCGGACGAGCAAUCCGCCGACCAAGCUGAAGAAGCAUAG